UAGAUAGACAUUAUAUUGCUGCGGACAGAGGCAGGGAAGGGGAACAGUACUCCAGAUGACAACGGUACUCGGACCACAGUAGUCAAAAGUCAAAACACUCGUAACUGCUGGAUGUUUCUCAUCAAGUAAUUGGGUCAAACAUCUCGGGCAGCGAAGUCCGAGGCGUGUUGUUUUCGUCGUUGUUUAGCUAACUAGCCGGCAUGACUUCCUUGACUCAGCGGAGUUCGGGCCUUGUGCAGAGGCGGACUGAAGCCGCACGCAACGCCGCCGACAAAGACCGUCCGUCAGGCGAGGAGGACGACGAGCCCCGGCGGGGAGACGAGCAGGACGAAGACGAUACCGGAGACUCCAAAGAAACGCGUCUCACUUUGAUGGAAGAAGUACUGUUGUUAGGACUCAAAGACCGAGAGGGAUAUACCUCGUUUUGGAAUGACUGCAUUUCAUCAGGGUUGCGAGGGUGCAUGCUGAUUGAACUUGCCUUGCGAGGACGCCUUCAGUUGGAGGCCUGUGGCAUGAGGAGGAAAGGUCUUCUGGCCAGGAAGGUGAUUUGUAAGUCAGAUGCUCCAACAGGCGACAUGCUCCUGGAUGAAGCCCUAAAACACAUCAAAGACACUCAACCACCGGAGACUGUGCAGAGUUGGAUUGAACUGCUCAGUGGAGAGACAUGGAACCCUCUGAAGCUUCAUUAUCAACUGCGGAACGUCCGUGAGCGGCUGGCCAAAAACUUGGUGGAAAAAGGUGUCCUCACUACUGAGAAGCAGAACUUUCUGCUUUUUGAUAUGACCACACAUCCUCUGACCAACAACAACAUAAAGCAGCGCCUCAUCAAGAAAGUCCAAGAGGCUGUACUGGACAAGUGGGUGAAUGACCCUCAUCGAAUGGACAAGCGGCUGCUUGCACUCAUCUUCUUAGCCCAUUCCUCUGACGUCCUGGAAAAUGCCUUUGCCCCGCUGCUGGAUGACCAAUAUGACCUGGCCAUGAAGAGAGUGCGGCAGCUGCUUGAACUGGAGCCUGAGGGGGAGUGCAUGAAAACCAAUACCAACGAGUUGUUGUGGGCUGUGGUAGCUGCCUUCACGAAAUGAGGCUACCACGAAAGGAAAUAAAGUAGUUGCGGCAUUCAAGUGGCAUUGUACGUUAGGGCACUGACUUCAACAUGGUAACUUGACUUUGCAGUCCGUGCCUGGACUUUUGGAAUUGGCUGCACUCUUUCUCGUCCCACUCUUUCCCUAUUUUUUCAUUUCCUUCCAGAUAACUGCCCUUGAUCGUUCCUUGACAUACCCCCCCCCCCCACC